UGUAACUUUGAUAUGUAUCAAAAUACCUUCUCUUUUGUGGAAAAAUAGUCAAUAUGAAACAUAGCUAUAGUAGGUCUGUAUGAAGUAAUACUUUAAAAACUAACUUUGUUAGCUACUUUUAUUGAAUGUUCUUCUUUUAUAGAUGUACUGUUAGAUUGUUUGCGACAGUGUGGCUGUGUUGUCUAAGUACAGCCACGUCAAAAUCAAAUACGAGUACGAUUAUUCAAGAUAGUGACAGUGCGGAGAUUGAAGCGGUGGAGUGUACUGCCACUAGACUAAUACUAACUUAGAUCUUACUUCUGAUUUUUUUCAUUUGAAUUUCAUUUUAUGUGAUGAGCAUGAGGCUUGUGAAAGAAAUAUUUAUGCGGAGAGGAAGGAACAAAUGCAUAUAUCUUCUAGUUGUAUUAACGUUGAUGGGCAAGGCAGGAUUUAAGUAUCUUGGAUUUUACUUGUCCGACUCUGUUUACUCCAAGCCUCUUCAUGUAUUCAGAGACACUCUUGACCAAUUGCACUUUAGAACAAAUUUGGUUGGACAGCCACUACUCCACAUAUCCCAGACAGACGUGGGGCCAUCCUUUGAUGAUGUGGUGGAUCAAAACUUGAAGUUUGACAUCGAGGGCCGUGAUGUCAUCGUGUUUUUGCAUAUUCAGAAGACUGGUGGGACAACAUUUGGACAGCAUCUCGUAACGGACUUGGAGUUGGCGCGUCCAUGUGUGUGCCAUGGAACCGUGAAGUGGUGCACCUGCCCUCGGCCUGGCAAGAAUUCAUCUGAGACCUGGUUAUUCUCCCGGCACACCACUGGAUGGAGGUGUGGCGUCCAUGCAGGCUGGACAGAACUAACCAACUCCAAUUGUGUGGAUAAAGUCAUGAAUAAACGUAAUGGUAAUAGAAUCAAGAAAAGGUACUUUUAUAUCACCAUGCUAAGACAUCCUAUUCAUCGGUUUGUCAGUGAAUUCCACCAUGUUCGCCUUAAAACAGGGUGGAAUAACGCUAUUUUGAAGUGCCAAGGCCGAACUGCCACCAAGAUGGAGGUGCCACCAUGUUAUCACACAAAGAUUUGGGAAAAUGUCACUAUGGAUGAGUUCAUGGCAUGCAGUAGCAACUUGGCUAUGAACAGAGAGACACGGAUGUUGGCAGAUCUGUCAUUAGUUGGAUGCUACAACACUUCCAUGAUGACUCCUGAAGAUAGAGGCAGGAUAAUGCUGCUUUCUGCAAAAAGAAAUCUGAAGAAGAUGGCUUUUUAUGGCCUGACUGAAGAGCAAGGCAUUAGUCAGUACCUGUUUGAAGUGAUUUUUAAUCUCAGGUUCAAAAAGCAAUUCAGGCAGUUUAAUGAGACUGUUACUAACAUGGCUAUGAUGGACCUUGAUGCUGAAACCAUAAAACGAAUUGAGGAGCUGAAUUCACUGGACAUAGAACUCUACAAGUAUGCUGUGGAGCUUUUCCAACAACGCUUCAAAAAAUUGUCGCUCAGUACAACAAAACAUUUCCAGAAUAUGGGAAGCAUAUUUCCUUGGGCAGAAGUUGAAAGUGGAGAAUGAUGUUUUAUAAUUAUACAUAUUGUUAUACAGUAUGCAAAACUAGAAGCACUUUUGUGAUGCCAUUUGUGUUCUUUUAAUUGAGUGAAAGAAUUUUAUACAGAUGCUAAUGAAUAGAUUAAAGCAUAAGGAAUGGAUACAAGUUUCAGAAUAUAUGAAAAGUGAGACAGGGAUUAUCUUUAUGAAUAUAAAAAAGAAAGCAAAUUUAUGACAUCAUAUGAAAAUGUGCACAAAUAUAUGAUGUUUCAAUAGAGUUCAGAAACAGUUAUUGUGUUGCAAAGAAUAGAAAAUCCUAUAGAGUAAAAAAUUAUUAAGUGCAGUAUGUAUUAUAUGCUUAAAAGUUUAUAUAAAAAAGAUGAAAUUAUGUUUUUAAAGGGAAAAGAUUAAAUAAUUGACUAAUAACACGUAAAGUAUGAGCUAAGUGUCUGAAGGAGUGUAUAGCUAGACAUUUUGGACAAGUCUAUGUAAUUUUCGAUGUACAAAAUAUUGAUCUAUGAAUUGUCAAGGAUUUAGUUUUAAACUGAAAACAACAAGGAAUACAUAUAAUGCAUGAAAGUUUUCAUCUUGACCAUAUUCAACAUUUUCACUUAAUGUUACAAGUGUUAUGUUUCACAGAUGUUUCUGGUUGCCUAGUUAUUGAAACUGGUAAGAAUAUAUGGUUGAGGAUUUCUAUGAACAUUGUUACCAUAAGGUGUGACUUCAGUGUGAGCUGUAUGGGACUAAGACGGUUAGUAAUGUAAAUUUCAGGUUUUUAAGAGGGGGCAUGUAGGAAUUUUUCUUUAUAAAUAUUUUCAAAACUUGA